CUCCUCCCUCUCUCUCCGUGUUACCCAGGGUUCGCCUUCCCGGAGUGGGCCUACAAGCCCGAGUCCAGCCCGGGCUCCAGACAGAUCCAGCUGUGGCACUUCAUCCUGGAGCUGCUGAGGAAGGAGGAGUACCACGAGGUGAUCGCCUGGCAGGGCGACUACGGGGAGUUCGUCAUCAAGGACCCCGACGAGGUGGCACGCCUGUGGGGGGCGCGCAAGUGCAAACCCCAGAUGAACUACGACAAGCUGAGCCGUGCACUGAGGUAUUACUACAACAAGAGGAUCCUCCAUAAGACCAAGGGGAAACGCUUCACCUACAAGUUCAACUUCAACAAGCUGGUCCUGGUGAACUACCCCUUCAUCGACAUGGGCUCUGGACGCGUCCCCCAGAGCGCCCCGCCCAUCACCAGCGGCGGCUCCCACUUCCGCUUCCCGCCCUCCACGCCGUCGGAGGUGCUCUCCCCCAGCGAGGACCUCCGCAGCCCGGGGGUGUUCAGCGGCGUGGCGCGGCGCAUGGCGCGGGGCUCCGUCAGCGACUGCAGCGAUGGCACCUCCACCAACUCAGAGCUGGAGGAGACGGUGGGCGGGGGCGGCGGCGGGGGGGUCCCCGGCGACGACCGGGGCCUGGGGGGGCCCGACCGCUCCUUCAGGGGCCUCCUGCCGCCGCGCAUGACCCACGAGUCCCUGUUCCGCAUGUACGGCUCCGGGGCGCACCUGGCCCGGCCCACCCCGCGGGUCCACUCGGAGCAGCUGUCCCCCUUCCCCGUGUCCCCGCUGCCCGGCCCCGGGGGCCACCUGGGCCCCGCGCUCUCCCCGGGUCUGUCCAUGACGCCGGGCUCCCACCUGCCCUACACCCCGUCCCCCUCCAUGUCCUCCCCCAUGCUGGGCUCCCACUUCUCCUUCAACGCGGACGACAUGAAGCGCUACCUGCAGGCCCACGCCCAGUCGGUGUACAACUACCACCUGAGCCCCCGCGCCUUCCUUCACUACCCCAACAUCCUGAUCCCCCAGCCGCACCGGCCCGCGCCGCCGCCGCCGCAGCCGCAGCCCGCCCACGACAAGCCCCCCGCCCACCACCUGCUGCACGCCCCCCCGCCGCCGCCCAUGCACCUCUCCCAUUCGCUGGCGGGGUCCCUGGGGGCGGGGCUGGACGACCAGCAGCACCCCUCCCCCUUCAAGUUCAAGCUGCAGCCGCCGCCGCUCGGACGCAAGCAGCGGGACGGGGGCUGCUCCUCCUCCUCCUCUUCCUCCUCCUCCUCCGCCCACGGCCAAUCGGCGGCCUCCGCGGGCUCCGGCAUGCACUCUAACCACGCUGCCAUGGCGACGCCCAAGAUCAAGGUGGAGCCCAUCUCCGACAACGAGUCCGAGGAGGUGGAGGUGACCGACAUCAGCGAGGAGGACGAGCAGAUGAAUCACCACGGCGACGGCGACGACGACGACUACGGCGACGAUGACGAGGGCGACGUGUUCACCCCGACCAGCCGGCCCAAGCUCCUCCCCCACCACCAGCACCACCAGCACCCCCACCACCACCACGCCCUCCACCGCUACAUCCCCGGCCACCUGCAGCUCGGCAACGGGACCGCCGGCCGGCCCCCGCCUCCGCUCCAUAGCAACAAGCCGCCGCAGCAUCAGCACCACCCCCACCACCACCCGGAGGACGACGAGGACGACGAGGACGUCUUCAAGACCCCGGCCACGCCCCCUCUGAGCGCGGGCCUCCCGCCCCUCCCCCUGCUGAGCCUGAAGAGCGAGCCGGGUCAGGGGUCGGCUCCCAUCAGCCCCGGCGGCACGCUGUGCAUCCCCCUCAAGCUGCGCUUCAAGCGGCGCUGGAGCGAGGACCAGAAGAUGGAGGCGGACGGCGAGAGGGAGGAGGCGGAGGACAAGAAGGUGCGGAGCGCCGAGCAAGAGGAAGGGGAGGCGGCCAGAGGAGCAGGGGGAGCGGUGGAGGGCCUGGGGGUGGCCCCGCCCACCCAGCGUCGCUCCUCCUCCGAGCUGCAGAGGGCCACCGCCCAGCUGUCCCUGGAGAACUCCGGCUGCUGAGACACGCGCGCACGGUCACGCACACACACACACACACACGCCCAGGCAGCUUCCCACCGACGCCUUAACGCAUGAGAACACACACCUGCGAGACCAGACCCUCAUGAGUGUGUGAAGCUGUGUGUGUGUGUGUGUGUGUGUGUGGGGGAGGGGGGGCCUUCAGCACCUCCACACAUCCAACAUGAACACGGCAGAAUGUGUCCCUGCCUCGACCUUCUAACACUAAAGACUGAACCUCUACUCAGCCUCAAACUCACCCAGUGGGGGCCCCCCAUUCUGGGCCCCUGUUCUACCAAGAGCCCCCUCGAUGCGGCCCCCAGAUGUUUGAACUCACACAACACAAGUCCAUGUUUCUCUGCAGGUUCGAGAAGAGGGCUUGGCGUCCAGCUGUGUUGGCCGGUCAGGAUGAUAAGCAUCCGGGUCCACUUACCCCUUCACCUGUCCUUAACGCGUUUCACCUGUCCUUAACGAGCUCACCUGUCCCUAACGAGUCCCUCUAAUCAACCUGCCUGAUUGGAUGUGGCUAAUCGGAGCAGCGUCCGAUCCUCCAGCAGCGUGAUGUGAUGAAAUAUAAAUGAAUUACACAAAAUGGAGGUGGGAUGCCUCUAGGCCACACCCACAAACGCCACCCCUCCCCGACAAGAUGGAGGACGCUUCAACAACACAAUUAUAAACAGUCAAUGAAAUUGGAUCACAUGACCAGUCUGGUUCCGACAAGGCGAUCAGUGUCUUACUCUGAAAGGAACAAACCAAUCACAGCCUUCAAACCUAAUGAACGGAACUAGCCAAUCACAGCCUUCAAACCUAAUGACCGGAACUAGCCAAUCACAGCCUUCGAACAAGGGACUGCAUCAAGGCAGCCUCACCCUCACCCCCACCCCCCCCCCCCCCCACACGUCUGGCGGACGUUAAACCAAUCAGAACAGCAGACGGUCAGUUGCUCCCGGGCCAGGUAAGGCCUCUGAUUGGACACCAUGUUAGGCUUCUCCCUCCCCACGGUUCGAGGACGCUGAUUGGUAGAGAGCGCCGUACGGAACCCUGUAAUUAUGUACACUUUCUCCUUUUCAACCAAUGGGCUUUGAGAGAACUGCGGGGGACCGGCCAAUGGGAGGGAAGGAGGGAGUCGGGAGGAGGAGCCGAGGCAUUGGUUGGCUCCUCCUCCUCCUGAAGAGAAAACAGUUUAUAUGUACAAGCAGAAGUGGUGUAUCUGUAUGUGCUGUGUGUCUCAGUGUUCUCCAAGGACAGUAGUGCCUCGUGCAGAGAGAGAGAGAGAGUGAGGGAGGGAGGGAAAGAGAGUGAGGGAGAGAGAGUGAGGGAGAGAGAGGGCCAGUGAGGGAGAGAGAGUGAGGGAGAGAGAGACAGAGAGAGAGAGCGAGCGACUGGCUCUGAGGGCGUUCGGAGAUCCGCUGAUCUCCCCGCUCUGUCCUCUUUUUGUCUCUAUUUUCGGCGCGUUGUGUGUGCGAUAAUGGCCCGUCUGUUGCCUCGGUCCGCCUCGGGCCCCGUCGUCGUGACGACCGGGCUGCGUGACGACGGGUGAUGUGCUCGACGACAACAACAACAACAAGGACCACAACAGGAAUGCCCACGACGUACGCCUCCACGAGACGUUUUAAACACACGCUCUUUUCUACGACGUUUUAUCAGUAUAGUGUAAAAGAAAUCGAUAUAAUGCGCCCAUUUUAACGAACAAAAAGACGACGAAGAAUACUGUGCCUUUUUUUUUAGAAAGCCCCUCCCCCUUUUAGCCAAACGACUCAGAGGACCAUCAUGCCUUCUGUUUUUAUUUUAAAAAAGAACUACAAAAUAAAAGCACAACGGACGCAUAAAUACUAUAUUUGAAUAUCUAUGGAAACGGAAAAAAAAUGCUAUAUUUCACUGCCGCCAUUUCAUACCGAUCAUGAAGAAUCCUUUCUAUUUUUGAGUGCUAUAUCUAUAUAUGUAUAGAUAUAGAUAUAGAGAGAGAGAUAUAUCUAUUUGACUGGCCGUAUUCUCAGCGGUGUUCUGCAGCCGGGUAUGACAGUAGCUCCUGUAUAUUUUCAUAGUAUUGACACAGCAGGGUCCCUCGUCUCCUGUUUGUUUCCACGUCCCGGCGCGCCCAGGUGGGUGGGGCAACCGGGCAGGAGUGGUUUAAGUCGACCGCCGGUGGAAACACACAUGGAACAGCUUUCUCCCCUCCUCCCCGACGGCCGUGCUGCCGUCUGGCAGCGGCGAGUGGGGCCCCGCCCUGCUGGCCCCGCCUGGCCGGGGCGCUCCGUAGGGUAAAACAAACACGCCUUCGCUCAGGUCUGGGCGGGUUGUUAAAGUACGUCCUGGGGUAGGACGCGCACACACACACACACACACACACACACACACACACACACACACACACACACACCCUCGUACACAAAGCGUGGCUUCACUGUGGCUGCCAGCGGGGACGGUGACAUCACACGUGACAUCAGACACCCCUACACACUCUCUGGUGUAGACGGCAUAACCAUAGCUACCGCACACAUCCAGACGCACACACACACGCUCAGGGCAGACGUACACACACACCAGACACACAGAGCCGUUCUGAAAGAGGGGGAAAUGACAUCACAGAAACCACAAAAUAGACUGCAAGGGAGGGACUUCCCGGCAUCCGAAGUGCGUGUGUGUGUGUGUGUGUGUGUGUGUGUGUGUGUGUGUGUGUGUGUGUGUGUGUGUGUGUGUGUGUCUGUGAUUUAAAGGCAGCGUUUUUAAGGCAGGGUUUUGAACCUCGUAGUUUUGUACCGUCACGUCCGAUUGUUAAAAGUUACCAGCGACGCUCUCGUUCCUCCGAAGAGAAACCCCGACCUAACGUUAAACACCCAGCGAUGCACACACUGCCCAGACCAUUGCUGCCUUGCCAGUUGCUUGAAGCCAAUAAAAUCACUUUUGCCGUUAAAAUAUCCUCCCACAAAACUCCCCGAUGACGAUUAUUUUUGAUCCUUUUCUAGUAUUUGUUCCCCCUUCCUUCCGACUUGUAUUACUGUUACUCUUGUAAUUAUAUUAUUAACAUAACGUUUUGUUCCUUCUUGCCAAAUGCCCGCCUCUUCCUGAAGCUUCGUAUUUUCGUUCUCGACGUCGCGCCUUUUGAGUCCCUGCAGAGGUUAACCAGCUAGUUAACCGUUAACCGGCUAGUUAGCCUUCUAGUUAGCCUAGCUAGCUAUCCAUGCUAGCCGCGUGGCUUAACCGCAACCUUUCACAACCAGCAACACAAGAGGGGUUUGAGUUAUCAACUGCUUUUUAUUUGAACAAUUCGGUUGUUUUAAUUUCCUUUUAUUUUAUUUUAUUUUUUACCUUUUUAUGUAUAUAUCUAUAACUUUCUUUCCAUUUCGGAGGGGUGUAUUCUUGUAAGAAGCGUUGAUUUAUUUUGUUUAACCUUGGUAUUUGAGCAUGUCGCCCUCCAGGAUGAAGAGAGGGGAGGAGGGGCAUGGAACAGACAUCUGUAUUUUGUUUAUCUUGUAUCUUUUCAUCUUCAUUUGUAAUUAAACAGUAAUCAGGGUACAUUAAAAAAACAGGUUAAAAUGGAUGGAUGUCUUGUCUUUUUUUUUUUGAUUGUCGCAUGUUGGGAUUUUUUCACACUACGUGACAUGAAAAUUAUUUUCUUUCGUCUAAAAUGUUUUUUUUUUAAUGAGUUUAAUUCAGUGUUUUUUAGUAUUGUUUUGUUUUAAUCUUUCGCACCAAACGUUAGAGAAGUUUUUCAGAUAAACUAGAAUCGAUGCAGGAUUAGGCUGGCGAUUUUAUUUCCUAUUUUGAACAGAGUUUUACUCGAACACAUCUCCCGCAUUGUGGUCAUGUUCACCUAAAUUUGGGGAAGAACAACCACUUUUGAAGGUAGUAGUUGGGCUUCAUGAAGAUAGCACAUAAUCUUGAAUUCAACUUCUCUUACAACUUCAGAAUCAGUAUUUAACUUUGAGAGGACGUCGUCUCUGGAGAAACGGCCGUGGGCGACGCAGACGUGAAUAAUGUAUGCUCUAAAACCGUUUACUCUUUAAGGACAUCUUCACAGGUGUUGAUGGCCAUCAUCACCCUGCAGACCUCGAAAAAUAAACUCCUUCUUUACAACUUGACAGUUUAUUUCAGCUUUAACCACCAGAACAGUCCCCUCCUUGCUUCGAGCUCGUGUGAUGAGCUGAUGAAUGAUACUUAAUUGGCGAUUGGCUCUGAAAGAUGAACUGCCAACGAGGCAUUCUGCGGGUUAUUGUUAUGACCGUUGGUCACUCCUUUGGCGGUUAGAUCGAUGCACGCACAAAUAAAUAAUGUUAACGUGACUUAACCUCCUUGGUCAACAUCCAGCGGCAUAACACAUAAUCUGGACCGAUCUUUUGGAUGCUUGUUUUAAACUGCUGUUCAAAAGGAUAUUACAAGUAUUUUACAUUUUAAUAAAUGAAAAGUAUUGUUGGCAGUGGUCGGUACUGCAGGGGGAGAGACAGGCACCCCAACUAGGACACCACUGACCUCUCCUGGUCUCGGUCGGUACUGCAGUCUAAUAGACGCCUAAACAACGGAAUACAGGCCUGCAUGUUCUUUCUUUUCGGAGUAGAAUGUUUGAACAUUGUGCUUGUUAUAAUUAGCAAUGUUGAUGUAGACCUUCAUUCUCCUUCCUGUAUACGCGCUGUUUCCUAACUGCUUAAAACGCCCUCUGAUUGGAUGACCGUCUUUGUUAGACUGCGAUUCAAAUACAACAGAUUCAUUUUGUUGAUACAGCAUAUAAAUAUCUUGUUCUUGUAGGCCUACUGAUCCUAUCAACAUGCGCUUGUUUUGCUGUGUGUAAGAGAAAGAGGCUGACCAUCUAAGCUGAUACAAAAAACGAGCUGUAUUUGCAAGGCUGUUAAACAAUAUAACCAAGUAAUGAAGCUCCUAGAUGCACAUUAAACAAGUAAAAACAUCUUGCAUAUUAAAAAUAAGCCAAACCUAUCGAACCAAUAGUGGCUCUAACAUAUCAUCUAUUAAAACAUGGUAUCGGAACCUCCUUUUUUUUUACUUUUUAAUAUUACUAUAUUAUAUUUGGAUAACAAACACAUACAAUUAUUCAGGCCCUGAACCGUAAUAACGUAAUUGGAGAAGUUGAAGUUAUCCAGAAAAUUUGUAGAAUCUUGAGUUUUCCUCCCGAGUAAUCUUACCGUGAGGCGGACCCAAUGUGCAGGUCCACGGCCCGCCUGCAGG